AUGCUACCACCGUUUAGUUCACUGCUAAUUCUAUUGAUCAUCGCAAAAAGUACUCAGCAUAUCGCUCGCAUCGAAUAUGCUGGAGCUCCUUCGACAAAUUCGACUGAUAUCAUGUCGUACGAGAGUACAUGUCUGGAAUGCGUAUGCUAUGCAUUUUCGUCGUCAAACUCAUCCAAUUAUCGAAGUUUCAAUUGCUAUACAAAUGAUAAAACAUGUGUGUUUUUUGCCGAUGACUUAUCAUCUAUGUUACAGAUUGAUCUCAAUUCCAACUUUUUCUUCACAAAAGCAGAACCGAUGUACAUUCCCAUAUGGAAUACGACGGGUAUCAACGUUACAACCGCUGGUUCAGCGUUAAAUCAGACCAAUCAUCCGUAUGGAUUGUUCAUUCCUGCAAACAGUGAUUCAUUGUACAUCGCUGAUUCCGAUAAUGAUCGAAUCUUGAAAUGGCUCCCAGGUGCUACAAGUGGAAUAUUACUAGCUGGAGGGCAAGGAAAGGGAUGGAACACGACGCAGUUUAAUAGUCCAAGAGAAGUUUGUCUCGAUAGAGAUGAAAAUCUUUAUGUCGCUGAUUCUGGUAAUUAUCGCAUUCAGCGAUUCGAUUAUGGAUCUUUUAUCAGUCAAUCUAUUGCUGGAAAUGGCUCAUACAAUGCGAUCGGUAACUCUUUUGGCAAUAUACUAGGUCUCGGCGUGGACCUUUACUACAACGUUUAUGUUUCUGAGUAUAAUCUAGCACGUGUAACCAAAUGGAUUCGAAAUGGUACAUCUGGAAUACGAGUAGCCGGUGAUGGUACACAAGGAAAUACUCCAUCGCAACUGAACGUUCCAACGGCAUUUUAUACUGAUCCGAUUACAGGUACGCUCUACAUUCCCAAUCAAGGUGGACAUUGUGUGACGAAAUGGUUACCCGGAAGUUCGUACGGAAUCACUGUUGCAGGUGUUUGUGGUCAAUCUGGAACGAAUGAAACUCUCCUGACUUCUCCAAAAUGUGUUACAUUUGAUAAAUAUGAGUAUAUGUAUGUUGUCGACGGCGUUGGUGGCGGUCGAAUUCUCAUGUUUCUCCCCAAUUCAUUAGUUGCGAUACCGAUUAUCACAAAUGGACUGAAUAAUCCUAUAAGUAUAGCUGUUGAUACUCAAUUGACUAUCUACGUUUCCGAUUGGGGAAAUAAUCGUAUUGUUAAGUAUAUCUUAUUGAAAUAA